CAGCCCUUUGGAACUAGUUGAACUCCCAUUGGAAUCCUCACAUCGCUGCAAUAUGGCUUUGUAUAAUCAGGAGAUAAUGUCUGCAUUGUUCUACUACUUGUCAGAAGGUUAUCCUCAUCAUGCCGUCCUCUUGGUGCAAUCGUCUCAAAAGCAAUUUUCCAAUGAUCUGACUUUAAAACUUCACCUAGGCGUGGCAAUUGCUGAAGAGGGUAUGUGAGUAAUUACUAUUGUUGCAGGAAAAUUUCCGGAAUCUAUCAAGAUUUUCACCGAUUUAAAAGAUAAGGAUACGUACAGUUUGCCUUCACUUCUUGCUCUCGUCCACGUGCACCGAAAAUGCAAUUUGAUUGAUCAUGACUCAAUCAAAGAAUUUGAAUCAAAAAUACGUGAAUUACGCAGAAAUAGUUCAGAUAUGACUUUGUACUUCGCUGCACUUGUAUUAUACUUUUUCCGUAAAUAUGACAAAGCACGCGAGUACAUACAACGUGCUCUAAAAGCGAACCUGUUAUUGAACGAAGCUCUCUGUCUCCACGGCUGGAUUGAUCUGGCUUCGACGGAUGAAACCGUUAGAAAAAAGGCUGUCCGCUUUUUUGAAGACGCCUCAAAUGAUGAUACACCAACAAAUCUUUGCUGUUUGAUGGCAAAAGCUCGAUACUUUCAGCUGUUCAAUUCUUGUGUUCCGGCUCUCGAACUAAUGAACGUCACAAUAGUGAAAUUCCCUAAAUUUAUUCCAGCUCUCAUUGAAAAAAUGCACCUGCAGAUUAUACUGAACGAUUGGGAACAAGCAAUGGACGCUGCUCAGAGGUGUCUUGUAAUAGACGCACAUUCUAUAGAGGCACUGAAAUGUCAGGUGCUGUAUUAUUUGUGCUAUUCUGGCAAUCUAAGCGAAGCUCGAAAAAAACUUGGUGAAUUAGAAAUGGCAUUAGAACACACAGAACCGCAUUACCCUCAACAUCGUUACAUUAUAGCAAAAUCAUUUUCAGUGCUGUGUGGCAGAGAUCCAGUGUUUCUGCAGAAGCUGGCCCAAAUAAGUGAACGCGCCAUCGAGCUGGACACGGGCAAUCAUCAGUUUCCCAUUGCACACGGUAGAGUUCUGCUUCUAUUGGGCCGCUAUAAAGAAGCCGCAAAGCAAUUCUACUCCACUCUGGAGUUUGAUGACACAAGUGUGACGGGUUUGUGCGGCACCUUGCACUGUCUACUGGCACAAGAUAACCUGAAGGAAGCCUCUGCUCAGUUGGAAUUCCUCAAAGAGCUUCAGCCAACCAUUGGAAAGUCAGCGGAGUUAUGCUAUCUAACGGCUGUUCUGGGCAGAAGACAAUCUAUCCCAGCGAAGAAAAUAACUGCCCAUCUCGACGAAGCGAUCGACUUACACUUUCGGGCGAUAGAAGGCGUAAUACGAAACCUUGAGUACUACGAAAAGCUCAACCCAGAUUUUCUGCUUCAUUUGGUCCGCGAAUACAUGCUCCAUGCUCCACAACAGCCUCCGGGUUCAUUCCACAUGUCCCGCACGGAUUUAACUGGACAGAAGGAUGUCACCUUGAUUCAAUGCCUUCGCGUUCUGGAUUAUCUGGUUAACGUUGUCCCUGGACACCAAGAGGCGCAAUAUUUACGCGCCAAGGUCUAUUACCUAUCAGGCGAUAUAACAGCGGCGCUCAGCGUCAUAAAGACUUGUUUGAGUAUAGACCCGACCCUAGUUGAAGCUCACAUUUUGUCUGCGCAGAUUCAUUUAUACCAGUCUGAUUUGAAAAUGGCCGAACAAGCAUUGGAAACAGGACUGAGUUAUAAUUUUGAGGUUCACAAUCAUCCAUUGUACCAAUUGGUUCGUGCACGUCUACUGCUCAAGCAGGGUUCAGCAAAAGCCGCGGUACAGCUGCUGAAGCAGACCAUCUCUUCACUAAACGCCGGAAAUGCAACUUGCACCGGAAAACGAUUCACGGUAGCAGACGGCUCCACUCUGUCGGUUGCUGAUAGACUUUCGUUGUCACUGGAAUUGGCUGAUGCUCACCGCACACUCGGAGAAUUUCCUGAGGCCACCAAAGUGCUGCAAGAUGCUCAAAUGUCAUACACUGGGGGCCCGGAAUCUGGUCGAAUUAUUAUUGCAAUGGCGGACCUUGCUCUGUCUCAGGCACAUGGCGGAGAUUUAUCUGUAUCACCGGAAAGAGAAGAAACUGUACGUGGCAUGUUACCGAGAGAUGGCUGA